AGUAAGAUUUCUCUCAAAAUUCUCCACCAAUCACACGUAAUUCACAUUUCUUUCUCGUCAAACAAACAAUACAGAAUUUUGCCCUUCCAAAGGAAAACAACUAGACUGGCUUGGUGUAUAAAAUAGACCAAACGCCACCGUCUUCUCUCUCUCUCUCGUGCGCGGAAGUCAUGACAAGCUCCUCCGCUCAUUCACGCAAGGCUUUAAGCAAGAUCGCUUGUAAUAGACUCCAGAAAGAGUUAGUUGAGUGGCAGGUUAACCCACCUGCCGGAUUCAAGCACAAAGUGACUGAUAAUCUCCAAAGAUGGAUAAUCGAAGUCAACGGAGCCCCUGGAACGCUUUAUGCUAAUGAAACUUAUCAGCUUCAGGUUGAUUUUCCUGAGCACUACCCUAUGGAGGCACCACAGGUGAUUUUCGUCCCGCCGGCUCCGCUGCAUCCUCACAUUUAUAGCAAUGGACAUAUUUGUUUAGAUAUUCUGUAUGAUAGCUGGUCCCCAGCCAUGACUGUCAGUUCCAUCUGCAUCAGUAUUCUCUCCAUGCUAUCAAGCUCAACUGUGAAGCAACGGCCAUCUGAUAAUGAUCGAUAUGUCAAGAACUGUCGAAAUGGCAGGUCUCCCAAGGAGACUAGGUGGUGGUUCCACGAUGAUAAAGUAUAAUGAUACAAACCUGUUAUCUGGAAUCUGUGUAUAAAACUGAGGGUUUUCUGAUCAGGGGAAAUGGGAAAGGGAGGAUGGCCUUCCCUAAUUGCCAUGGUAAACCAUUUACAUUUGUCUUGCUGUGUAUGAGAUUAUGAAUUAAAAAUAGAUUUAAUUUGAAUGUGAUCGCCUCCUCCAAGCAGCCGAGGAGACGAUAUAAACCUUUUUCUUUUCUAAUUACGUUAGACACCCACUAGACUAUGUGGAAGGACGAUAUAUUUUAAUUGCAGGUUGAUGGUUA